AUGUGCUGUAAACAUCAAAAGGAGACGGUGGGAGCAGGAGAUGCUGUUUUGGAAAGAAGUAAGGUUUAGACUUCUCCAUGUUAACCAUGAGUGUGACACUUUCCCCACUGAGGUCACAGGACCUGGAUCCCAUGGCUACUGAUGCUUCACCCAUGGCCAUCAACUUGACGCCAACUGUGGAGCAGGGUGAGGGAGAAGAGGCAAUGAAGGAUAUGGAUUCUGACCAGCAGUAUGAAAAGCCACCCCCAUUGCAUACAGGGGCUGACUGGAAGAUUGUCCUCCAUUUACCUGAAAUUGAGACCUGGCUCCGGAUGACCUCAGAGAGGGUCCGUGACCUAACCUAUUCAGUCCAGCAGGACUCAGACAGCAAGCAUGUGGAUGUGCAUCUAGUUCAACUAAAGGACAUUUGUGAAGACAUUUCUGAUCAUGUUGAGCAAAUCCAUGCCCUCCUUGAAACAGAGUUCUCCCUGAAGUUGCUGUCCUACUCGGUCAAUGUGAUUGUGGACAUCCACGCUGUGCAGCUCCUCUGGCAUCAGCUCCGAGUCUCGGUGCUGGUCCUGAGGGAGCGCAUCCUUCAGGGUCUGCAGGACGCCAAUGGCAACUACACCCGGCAGACGGACAUUCUGCAGGCCUUCUCCGAAGAGACUAAUGAGGGCCGGCUUGAUUCUCUAACAGAAGUGGAUGACUCAGGACAGUUAACUAUCAAAUGCUCUCAAAAUUACUUGUCCCUGGAUUGUGGUAUUACUGCUUUUGAACUGUCUGACUACAGUCCAAGUGAAGAUUUGCUCGGUGGCCUAGGUGACAUGACCUCUAGCCAGGUCAAAACCAAACCCUUUGACUCUUGGAGCUACGGUGAGAUGGAAAAGGAGUUCCCCGAGCUCAUCCGAAGCGUUGGGUUACUCACGGUGGCUACUGACCCUGUCCCUUCCAACUGCAGUGAAGCAGUCAGUGAGGAGAAGUCUCAAGUAUCUCUCUCAGCAGAUGACAAAGGUGGAUGCGAGAAAAACAGUGCUUCUACGGUUGAGGAGCCACCAGGCUUAAUGCCUGGGAUAUCAUCUUCAGGGGAAGCUCUGACAAAUUCUGAUCAACCCCCUUCUGAGGCUGUGAAGCAAGAAUCCAAUUCCACCUCCCAACUUGGGGCAAAGGACCAACAGCCCCUGCCUUGUGAAAAUGCAACUCCCAAGCGAUCCAUCAGAGAUUGCUUUAAUUACAACGAGGACUCUCCCACGCAGCCCACAUUGCCAAAAAGAGGGCUUUUCCUUAAAGAGGAAACUUUUAAGGAUACUAUGAAAGGCACUGAUGCAAAGAAUCAGAUGGCUCAUCUCAAGCCUGAGCUGAGCAAAAGCACCCCUUCUCUGAUGGAACCCCCUGACAGGUCCAAGCUUUGUCUGCUGUUACAAUCUUCCUACCCCAACAGCCCGUCUGCUGCCAGCCAGUCAUAUGAGUGUUUGCACAAGGUGGGGGAUGGGAAUCUUGAGAACACAGUCAAAAGUCACAUUAAGGAAAUCUCCUCCAGCCUUGGAAGGCUUAGUGACUGCCAUAAAGAGAAACCUCGACCUAAAAAGCCACACAAGGUCCCAGCAGAGGUGCCUCUGUGCCGAGCACCCAAACGGGAAGCUGGUUCAGGCAAGCAAACCGAAAAUAUGAGGAGCUCAGCAGUGUCGAAUGGAAUUCCUCCAGGUACUUCCAAGGCCUCAGAGGGGCCAGAAACAGAUUCCAUUUCCACAUUCUCUCUGGAGCCAUGUAGCCAGAGAAAUUGGGAUGCCAAGUUGCCAGUGCAGUCAGAGACAUCGAGUUCACCACCUCUUACUCAAAGUAGUGAAUCUUCUGCUGGCUCAGACAGCAUCCUUUCCCCAGUGCCCCUUCUUUCAAAACACAAAAGCAAAAAAAGUUACUCCUCCUCCCCAAGCCAUGUCACCAGGAACGGUCAGGUCGUGGAGGCCUGGUACGGCUCUGACGAAUACCUGGCCCUGCCCUCACACCUCAAGCAGACAGAAGUUUUGGCUCUGAAAUUGGAAAACCUAACAAAGCUUUUGCCUCAGAAACCCAGAGGAGAAACCGUUCAAAAUAUCGAUGACUGGGAACUGUCUGAAAUGAAUUCGGAUUCUGAGAUCUAUCCAACUUACCAUGUCAAGAAGAAGCACACGAGGCUAGGCAGAGUGUCUCCAAGCUCAUCUAGUGACAUAGCCUCUUCGUUGGGGGAGAGCAUUGAAUCUGGGCCCCUGAGUGACAUGCUUUCUGAUGAGGAGUUGGGUAUGCCUCUCUCUGGUAUGAAAAAAUACACUGAUGAGAAGUCGGAGAGAGCUUCAUCCUCUGAGAAAAAUGAGAGCCAUUCUGCUACAAAAUCUGCUUUAAUUCAGAAACUGAUGCAAGAUAUUCAACACCAAGACAACUAUGAAGCCAUAUGGGAAAAAAUAGAGAGAUGUUUUAGGCAGAUAAUGGCUACCAUACCAACUCCAAUGGUAGCAUGUUUUGUUCCAUUAUUGUGCAAGGAUGAAGCCAAAUGUUCGGCCUCUUCCUUAGAAGGAAGCAUUUGGAUGGGUAGCUGGCUUGAGGUGGAGGUGAGGCAG